AUGAUAGUUGUUGCCGGCGCCUCUGGCGGCAUUGGCCAGCCUUUGUCCCUGCUCCUGAAGAAUAGCCCUCAUAUUGAUGAGCUGGCUCUUUACGAUGUUGUCAACACGCCCGGUGUUGCUGCCGAUCUCUCUCACAUUUCUUCAACUGCGAAAGUCACUGGCUACCUUCCUGCCAACGACGGCGCAAAGGCUGCCUUCAAGGACGCGGAUAUCAUCGUCAUCCCCGCCGGAAUUCCUCGCAAGCCCGGUAUGACACGCGACGAUCUUUUCAACAUCAAUGCCGGCAUUGUCAAGGGCUUGAUAGAGACCAUUGCUGAGGUUGCCCCCAAGGCCUUCGUUUUGGUCAUUUCCAACCCCGUAAACUCCACUGUUCCCAUUUCCGCCGAAGUUUUGAAGGCAAAGAAGGUCUUCAACGCCCAGCGUCUCUUCGGUGUCACUACCUUGGAUAUUGUGCGGGCCGAGACAUUUGUUGCUGAAAUCGUCGGCCAGAAGGAACCCCAGAAGCUCACCAUUCCCGUUGUUGGCGGCCACUCUGGCGAGACCAUUGUUCCUCUUUUCAGCAAGGCCAACCCGUCAGUCAACAUCCCUGCUGACAAGUACGACGCCCUGGUGAACCGUGUCCAGUUCGGUGGCGAUGAGGUCGUGAAGGCCAAGGACGGCGCCGGAUCCGCCACUCUAUCUAUGGCGUACGCUGGGUUCCGUUUCGCCGAGAAACUCCUACGUGCUGUGAAAGGUGAAAAGGGUCUUGUUGAGCCCAGCUAUGUCUAUCUUCCUGGUGUGCCCGGUGGCGAUGCAAUUGCCAAGGAGACUGGUUGCGACUUCUUCUCUGUUCCUGUUGAACUUGGACCCAACGGUGCCGAGAAGGCCACCAACCCCUUGGAGGGUCUCACCGAGAAGGAGAAGGAGCUUCUUGGAAAGGCUGUGGAGGGUCUGAAGGGCAACAUCAAGAAGGGCAUUGACUUUGCUCAUAACCCUCCCCAAAAGUGA